AAUGGAAAAUUGCAUGCGAGUGCCUAUGAGACGAACAUACUCGCUGAACAUCAGUCGUCGUUGCGCCUCAUGCGGCUAGCGUUUGUUUCAGCUUUCCCUCCGUCUCUAACGCCGCCGUUUGCUACUCAUCGGCGUGUUUGUUGUAGAACUGCCGCCGCCGCACCACACCAAAGGGGGCUGCUAUUAAUCGGCCCCGUAUCGAGCUAAGGAAGCAGGGAGGGAUUUCCUUGACAGUUAGUUUGGCUGAUUCAAAUUUGGGGAAGAAAUCAAGCGAAGUUGAGCCCUAGUAUAUCUCUAUUGUCUUUGGUUGGCCUGCAACUCUCUGUAUUUUUCCCAUGGAGGUCAAUCCACCAGAGACCUCUGCUCAACACCAAAAGCCUAAGAGAAAACGAAGCCGGGAAGACCCAGAACUCGAACGGCUGAACUCGUUGUCGUGGAACCCCUCUUUUGUUGAAAAUGACGAUCCUUUUUCUUUGCUUGUAGGCUCAAAUGAACUUGAAGGAGGUUUUCUUUCACUGGAAGAGAUUGACGAAGCUGAGUAUGGCUUAGAAACUCCUGAUCCCAAAAAAGGCAAGAGGAAAAAGAAGUCUAAACAUAAAGCAGAUUUGAAGAAACAGAAGCUAAGUGAAGUAGAGGGUGCCUGUGAUGAUGAGGCUGGGACAAAUUUGGAAGAAAACAAGGAUGAGAGUGUAAUGACUGUAAAGAAGGAAAAGAAGAAGAAAAAUAAGAAGAAAAAGGAAGCUGCUGAUCAAGUUAUUAACGUGAAGGAUGACAAAGAUGAAGAGGCCAUCGACGAAAUGGAAUUUUAUGCAUGGAAUGAGUUGAGACUUCAUCCUCUGCUCAUGAAAGCAAUUUACAAGCUUGGGUUCAAGGAGCCCACGCCAAUACAGAAAGCUUGUAUUCCAGCUGCUGCUCAUCAAGGGAAGGAUGUUGUUGGGGCUUCUGAGACCGGAUCUGGGAAAACGCUUGCUUUUGGUUUGCCCAUUUUGCAACGCCUUUUAGAGGAGAGGGAAAAAGCUGCCAGGAUGGUUGAACAAAGGGGUGAAGAACCUGACCAAUAUGCUCCUACUGGCCUUCUAAGGGCUCUUAUAAUUGCUCCAACCAGGGAACUUGCACUUCAGGUCACUGAUCAUCUGAAAGCAGUAGCCAAAUACAUCAAUGUUAGGGUGACUCCUAUAGUUGGGGGCAUUUUAGCAGAAAAACAGGAGAGACUCUUAAAAGCACGGCCUGAGAUUGUUGUUGGGACUCCAGGGAGGUUAUGGGAACUGAUGUCAGCUGGAGAGAAGCAUCUAGUUGAGUUACAUUCCUUGUCAUUCUUUGUGCUUGAUGAGGCUGAUCGAAUGAUACAAAGUGGUCAUUUUAAAGAAUUGCAAUCAAUAAUUGACAUGCUUCCCAUGUCCAACACGUCUGGUGUGGAUGAUCCUCAAUCUGCACAACAUUGUGUUACAAUUUCAAGCUACCAAAGAAAGAAAAGACAAACUCUAGUUUUUUCAGCAACUGUUGCAUUAUCUGCUGAUUUUCGCAAGAAGCUAAAGCGUGCUUCAACAAAACAAAAUCAGUCAGUGUUAGAUGGAUUUAAUUCCAUUGAAGCCCUGUCCGAACGUGCAGGAAUGAGACCCAAUGCUGCAGUGAUUGAUCUCACUAAUCCAACAAUAUUGGCAGCCAAGCUUGAAGAAUCAUUUAUUGAAUGCAAAGAAGAAGACAAAGAUGCGUAUCUGUACUAUAUCUUGACUGUCCAUGGACAAGGUCGCACAAUAGUAUUCUGUACAUCAAUAGCAGCUUUGCGUCAUAUCUCUUCUCUACUGCGCAUUCUUGACGUUAACGCUGUGACUCUUCAUGCUCAAAUGCAACAGCGAGCACGUUUAAAGGCCAUUGAUCGCUUUCGUGAAGAUGAAAGUGGCAUACUUGUUGCUACUGAUGUUGCAGCAAGGGGUCUUGAUAUUCCUGGUGUUAGAGCGGUUGUCCACUAUCAGCUUCCCCAUUCGGCAGAUGUUUAUGUGCAUAGAAGUGGAAGAACAGCUAGGGCUUCGGCUGAAGGAUGCAGCAUUGCUUUGAUCUCACCAAAAGAUACAUCAAAGUUUGCUUCAUUGUGCAAGUCCUUUUCCAAGGACACUUUUAAGCGAUUUCCUUUAGAAAAUUCAUUCAUGCCGGAAGUUCUGAAGCGAUUAUCCAUUGCCCGUCAAAUAGACAAAAUAAUACGAAAGGAUUCACAGGAAAAAGCUCAGAAAAGCUGGUUUGAGCGGAAUGCUGAGUCAGUGGAGUUAGUUGUGGAAAAUUAUGACAGUGAGGAGGAAAGGGUGAAGAAAUAUAGGCAAAUGAAAGCCAGCUCUACUCAGUUGAAGAAGCUGCAGCAGGAACUCAAAGCACUUCUUUCUCGCCCCUUACAGUCAAAACAAUUUUCACACCGAUAUUUAGCAGGGGGGGGGAUCACACCUCUGAUGCAGGAACAGUUCCAACAAUUAGCCAGACAAAAGCAAGGAAGUGCAGGAGUAACUGGCAAGGGAAAAUUGGUUGUGAUUGGUCAAGAUUGUGUAGAAGCUCUUCAAGCUUUGCGGAAUGCUGGUGAGGAGGUGCGCAUGGCCGUCAAAGACACAGGAAAGAGGAUGGAGAAUUUGAAACGAAAGAGGAAAGACGAGAAAAAACGUUUGCGUGAUCAGCGAAGGAAGCAAAAGAGAAAGAUGAAAAAUGGAGAAUGAAUCGAAUUUGAAUAUUUGUGUCUUCCAUUGAGAUGUUGCAGUGAAAAGGUUCAGAGAAGCUUCACCACUGAGUUUGCAACAAUGGUGGACUGCUCAAGCCCUCACGACGCCAGCCUCAAAAAAAUUCUUCACAAGUUGAAGUUAUCCUCUAGUACGAACGCUAGAGUUUAUACCUGUACCAUUUUUGUUAGCCCCUUAGUUACAGUCGAGUUUUGAUAUAUAGAAAGAUGGUUGUGUCCAUGUAAAUUUAAUCAAUCUUUUCUAUUAUUGUCGGUUUUGAUUUUUUUUUAAUUUUUUUAAUUUUAAAAUAUUAAUUUAUAAUUUCAGAAGACAUAAGUGACCAAUUUUAUGGUGCCUCUAUUUCAUUUCUUUCUGGGAAAUGAGUUUUAUUUUUU